AACUCCUCCAUAGGAGUAGAGAUUAAAAGAUCACUGAUGCACUGAUAGUUGCUCCGUGCACGGUUGCGCAGCGCGGAGCAUAAAAACCGUGUGCGCCGCGCCUAGUACUCACUACCCGUCGCAUGUCCACCAUCCCAGUCGCCAAAGCUGUAGCCGCACCGAGUGUGCAAGAGAUAAAGCAAAGCCGCGAGGAACCCAUGGGCGAUCUCAUGGUCGCGGACGUUGAUGCGGCUGCGCGGCCGCCGCCGUCCAAGUCGGACAACCUCUUCAUGCAGAUCGCCGUCCACCCGGACGGUGCCGUCACGCGGCCCGUCGUCCCCACCAUCCCGGCUUCCGACGCCGGCAGCGGGGCGGCCGUCUUCAGCAGGGACGUGCCCCUCGACACCUCUCUUGGCACGUACAUCCGGCUAUACCUCCCCAACCCCGUCCCGUCGUCGACGAAGCUCCCCGUCAUCCUCUACUUCCACGGCGGCGGCUUCGUUGUCUUCAACGCCGACACCGCCUUCUACCACGCCUCCUGCGAGGCCAUGGCGGCGGCCGUACCGGCCAUCGUCGCCUCCCUCGACUACCGCCUCGCACCCGAGCACCGCCUGCCCGCCGCCUAUGACGACGCCGUCGCGGCCGUGAUGUGGCUCCGUGACGUGGCGCCCCAGGACCCCUGGAUCGCCGAGCACGGCGACCUCGCCUGGUGCUUCGUCAUGGGCAGCAGCUCCGGCGGGAACAUGGCGUUCAACGCCGGCGUCCGGACCAAGGGCAUCGAUCUGAGCCCCGUCGCGGUGCGCGGGCUCCUGCUGCACCAGCCGUACCUCGGCGGCGUCGAGCGGACGCCGUCCGAGGAGAGGUCGGAGGACGACUUCAUGGUGCCGCUGGAGGCCAACGACAAGCUCUGGAGCCUCGCACUGCCGCUGGGCGCGGACCGCGACCACGAGUUCAGCAAUCCGGAAAAGGCGGUGGCACAGGAAGCCGUGGUCGGCCUGCCGCGGUGCCUGGUGUCCGGGAGCGACGGCGACCCACUGAUCGACAGGCAGAGAGGGUUCGCCACGUGGCUGCGGGACAGUGGCGUGGAGGUCGUCGCCAAGACGGACGGCUCCGGGUUCCACGCUGCGGAGCUCUUCGUGCCAGAGAAGGCCGAGGAGAUGUUCGCGCUGGUUCGCGAUUUCGUAUCCGCUGGCAGCGAUGCUUGAUGCUUGACGCUGAUCUGAGUGCGCCUCUGAGUGCGCCGUGUUGAUGGGAGGCCAUCAAUUCGAGCAUGUGACUGUGUGUUGUGAUCAAUAAUUCGCCACUGUUCGCAACGUGGUGCGGUGCGUUGAAAUUGUAAAAAAUCUUCACUAGAAAUUGAUUGAUGUUUAUGGAUCA